GUGAGCAUUCCACCUUUUUUCGAGUGGCAGCAAUACACCUCCCCGUUGGCAAGAGCGAUCCGGUUACGGCCAGAAGGAGCACCAGAGAUAUUGAGUGGGCCGACGACACCACCUUCACAAUGAGUCUGAAAGCAUACUAUUCUGCGGUCUUUCUCGUUCUCGUCUCCCUGGUCGCUGCUGCCUGCCAUUACCAGUCUCCAGUUUUCCCGCUACCAAGCUACAACAAAUCUUCUCCGGCUUUCCUCAAAGCUGUUGACGAAAUUGAGGCAGCAUUAUCAGAUCUGGUAGCCGACCCGAAGUUCAAUACUUCGUCUUACUCGGUUGAGGUGACCUCGUCACAUUCGACCUUGUGGUCUAGCUUUCAUACCGCCUCAGACAAAGAUUCCGAGCGGCCUGGAGCUGAGCAAGUCAAUGGUGACAGCGCUUACCGCAUUGCAAGUAUCACCAAAGUCUUCACGGUUCUCGGUAUAUUGAAGCAACAUGCUGCCGGUAACCUGAGUCUCGACGAUCCCGUUGACAAAUAUGUGUCAGGCUUGCGACAUCCACAGAAUGGAAGCUUACCAUGGAAAGACAUUACACUCAAGUCCCUGGCGAGUCAACUGAGUGGUAUUCCCCGGGACUGGGCCCAGGGAGAUCUCCUUCAGGAAUUGAAAGAUCCUUUGGCUUUUGGUCUCCCACCAGCGACAUCUUUGGGUCUACCUCAAUGUGACUCUUAUGCUGAGUACGUACCAUGCACGACGGACGACCUCUUGGACUACGUACGCACCAGCGCUCCCAUCUUUGCUCCGAAUCAGAAGUCUACUUAUUCCAACAUCGCUUUCGAGCUGUUAGGCCUGGUACUUGCCAAUGUCACCGGCAUGAGAUAUGAGGAAUAUAUCGAAACUUCAAUUUCGCGGCCUCUCGAGAUGAUGGGUACAAGCUUCUCCAGACCCUCUGACUCGGUGGCAGUAUUGCCUAAAAACGAAAGUUGGUACUGGGAUGUGGAUGAGGGCGUCCAAAAUCCCACAGGAGGACUUUACGCCUCGUCCUCUGACAUGUCAAAAUUCCUCAGAUACGUAUUGACGCAUUAUAACGGCAUUACACCUGCCAUGAAUUGGUUCCAGCCAGGCUCCUUUACUGCAGGCCUCUAUUCGUUUUACGGCACUCCCUGGGAGAUCUUCCGAACGGACAGGAUCUUGAGCACCAGCGACAAGGCGGUGACCUUCUAUACGAAAGGAGGCGGACUUCCUGGAUACAGUACGAACAUAAUAGUGGCCCCAGAGUAUGACCUUGGGAUUACAGUACUCACGGCCGGAAAUACCGCCUUGCUGCCCGCGAUUCGAGAGAUAGUGACAGAAACACUUAUCCAGGCAGCAGAUAAGAUUGCCAGGAGUCAAGUCGAACAAUCGUAUACCGGCAUAUACAAGGCAACGCAUAUUAAUUCAUCCAUAGAGCUCUCGUAUAGCGAAGCACGUGGCCUGGAGAUUACCCGGUGGAUAUCAAACAGCACAGACAUUCUAUCAGCUUUCCCGACCCGGUUCGGAGUGCCACCCAAUAUACUCCGUCUUCAACUCAUACCGACGCUUCUGUAUCGACAUCAGAGCAAAUUGGAUGGAGAGCUUUGGAGAGUUGCCCUCGUUUGGGAUGGUGCACCGAGGGAUGAGUCGACGUCAGACAACAACGCUGUAUGGGAUGAUUUCUGCGUCAGUGACGUUGACACUUGGAUGUAUGAUGGGAAGCCGUUCAACGAGAUUGUUUUCUGGAACAAGGACAAAGAUGACAAGUAUGAGACUGUCGAGUUGACAGCUUUUCGCGUGUCCCUGACCCGAUCCUGCCUCGACGCAGCCCAACUGUUACAAGCGCAAGAGCUGUGAUAAGCGCAUUGCUGACUAGGCCAUCGCUAGCCAUUUUACAGGCAUCAAUCAGCUCCCCCGUGAAACUGCCUUGUUUCCAGCUCAAACUGGCCGGCUUGGUACGAUACUGCUAUUCGUUGUCAUCAAAGCCUUCUAGAGACUUGAAGAUCACACCAGCUAAAACGCCGUCACGGAGGGAUUCAUAGAUGAUCGAGAUCCACGACCCAAUUGUCUUCUUUGACCGACCAAUCAAGCACCCACUGUGAACAUCCUCCUCCAGGUCUCGAUAGAACGGCACACCCAGCUCCUCCCUGACGAAUCGAUAGAGCGUUCCGGUGCCACGACCCAGAAAUAACAUCGUGCAGGGGUUUUUAAAGAAGCUGGAUCGAUGCGCUAGGAAAGCGGUCAACAUACGCUGCUGCAAGCCUUGCUUGAAGGUGUUGAUUGCGCAAAGAAGGUCUUGGGAGCUUGUAGCAGGUUCGAGUCCUCCAGCACACAUGCAAGCUAUUGCCACAUCUGCUGCUGCGGCUGCUACCUUUGAGCAACGAUCGUUGGCAUCGACAUUUGCGGCACCAUACCAAGUAUUGCAGAUCUUUUCCCACACUUCAUGAUACAACUCCAGUAAGGCAGCGUUCGGGAUGAUUGCACUAAAGUUUUGCUUGAUGGUGUUGCUAGCCUCGUCGUGAAAGCUUUCCAGGAAAGUCCGAUGCAUGACCCUCAGAUCGACGCCUUGAAGACCAACAAAUAUGGCGGAUGCGGACAUCAAGGAGACCAGUUCGACACUUUGCAUGGUGUACCGUGAGGAUAUCAAAGCCAACGAGUUGAUGGCUUGAUUGUGCAUUUCAGCAGACUCCAUAUUGAUAUCGACGCCUUUCAGACAGUAUGAAAGACUGGGAUCGUCUGGGGUCAGAUUUGGAGGCAGCCCAUUGUUCAGCAUGGGAUUCAGCAUUUCAGUUGUCUGCGCAAAUAGCAUCUGCAAAUUGUCAGAAAGCGAUAGCUCGUGCUUGAUCUGCCCACCCGUUCAGAGAUGAGAGUACUUACUUUGCCGAUCAUCUGGAGACAGAGUCGAGUCUUCUCUGCAGCCAUCGUCACCGAAGCAGCUUGAAAGUUGGCUCCACAGUGGACGUCUCUGUUCUCACUAUUGAUGAGUGGGUUGUCGGUUGUCGAGUUAAGCUCUCGUACUAGCUGUUCCGCUGCGAAAUGCAGGUCUUCGAGUUGUGGACCGAUCCAUUGUGGCGAGCUUCUGAUUGCAUAACGAUCCUGCACGAGACCCUUUUGCUUACGAUCGAUACGUUCGUCAAGUCCAGCCACAAGGCUCGAGCCCCGAAAGAAAUUUCGCAUGUUCUGAGAGACUUCGGCCUGGCCUGGAUGCGGACGGACUUCUGCAAUGAACUUAUGAGUCCACUCAGCAUUCGCUGCAAGUGCUUCAGACGAUAGGCAGCUGAUAAGCUGAGAGAGGACUGCCAAUUGAUUUGCCUCAUAUAGCGCCAGUGUGGCCACCGUUGCCGAAGGGGCGGUACCAUUGACCAAUGCGAGCCCUUCUUUGGGACCAAGCGUGAUGGAACAAUAGCUGUCGGUCCUCUGGCCUUCGACAUCUGACUCGUGGAACCGGCGGAUCUCUGCAAAGGCCUCUUGAGAGUUGAGUACUUUCAUAUCGCGUCCUCCCCCACUUCGCACAAAGAUGUCGCAGUUUCCCUGCACAACUCCGGCGAUAUAUGACAAGGGCAUAAGAUCACCUGAAGCCGAAAUUGAUCCUCUCAAGGGUACGAUGGGUGUCAUGUUUCGUCGAAUCAGUUCAGCAAGAGUAUCUAUUGUUUUCCAGCUGACGGCACUGUGUCCUCGGAUGUUGGUAUUGCACCGAACAAGCAUCGACCCUCUCACCCAACUUGUCGGCAUGGAAUGGGGAUACGUCUCUCUGUUGCCAUUGGGAUGUGUUGCGAGGUCAUCUUUAGUGAGAAUAGCCGACUGUUGAUGUUGUGUCAGAGCGCGCUGGAGAUCGAUGAAGUGGUCGGUCCGCAAGUCGGCAUUUCCUCCAAACCCUGUGUUGACGCCUGCACGUUCAUGUGAGCACACUGACUAGCGAAUGAGCCGCACAAAUCGACAUACCAUAGAUCUUGCUCCCGGCCUGAAGAUGUUCUUGCAAGAUGUUCUGACUUUCCUCCAGUCGAUUGAGAAGCUUUUGGCUCUUUUCGAUGUACGGUUUGCAUCCGAGUCUUUUCGAAAGAACGUUAGCGAGGGGAUUCACUUGCUGGCCAAGAAGAUGAUACGUACUUUGCAACCGCCACAACCGUUGCUAUGUCCAGACCAUGCCCAUUGAUCUCGACUUUCCCAGUCCGGUGCAGCUUUUGGAUUCUUUGCCAAGUGCGGUAGGUCAAUGUGAGAUGCGGCACCUGUGAUUUAUUGUCACCGACAGGCAUGUCAGAUGCAUGAACGUUCAUGUUGCCGUUGAGGUUGAGGUUGGCAGGCUCAUCAUCCACACGAGAUAUCAUGUUUCCACCGUGAAGUUGGCUUGUUCGACAGUUGAGACGGACGCAAACAAGCCAAAGAAGACAAACCCCCUGGCAGUUGGGAUAAUACGGUACCUGGUACCUGGUACACACCGCUCUCAACAGUUCGGAAUGUAUCGCUUGGCAACUCCGAUCAGCCCCGAUAUAAACUUGGGAACAACACUUUGGUUUUCCACAGCAAAAGAAUGUCAAGAGCCUUGUUGUCACGCAGAUGUGAGUGUUGAACAAGUGUUUCUGUCAGGUCUUUAUACUGGAGCGACUAUAGACUACCAGUCCAGUGCCAUCAAGCAAACGCGUCGUUGCGAUCCCGGCAAAGUCACGUCACCUUGGAAUGAUUCACUCAUGUGAGGAAUAAGAGACAAAAGGCCAGCCCAAGUUUUCUUGCAGCGAAGAUGUGAGAAGCAAACAACUUGAAGCUCUGACAUGGAUCUUCUUCUCUUCUCCUUCUCUACCAGCUGCAGGAACAAACACAUUUCAGCCUUCAAUUGAUGGAACACUGUCCGAUUGGUCAGGUCUUCCUUUUCGAUAUGCAGGAUUCUGUUGUUCCCACGACAUUGACAGAUGUCACCAGCCCUUUGUUAUUCAAGGACAGUAUCACAUCGGGUGCACAUAGUACUUAUAUUCAGAUCCUCUGCUUGCC